CCGGGAUGCCACGGGGUUUUCUUCGAAUCCCCCGAGCACCUUCUUCUCAUGUGCAGAGCUGUAACUGCUAUUCUCAGCCUCACUUGGAUGGUGAAUCGAACGGAGCUCGCUCCUGCCGACUUUUCAGGAUUCUUACAGUCCCUGUCGAUGUUGUAACAACCUUGUGCCGUUUGUCCAGCUCCGGGUUUGAUCGAUGCGGGGAUGACUUGAAGGUGGGGUGUGAUCGAAACUUGCCCGGGCGUGGAUCGGGGUAGGUGUUGACGAGUUUACUGUUUGGGGUUUGGAGGUCGGAUAUACUGGUUGUACAGGUUUGCGAAGGUUGUGUUCGUUUGCUUGCAGCGAAGUGCAAUUCGAUGCGUCGGAGUUAAAGUGCCCUCGAGGUUGAGUGUUGCGUGACACCUGCCUCUAUUUAGGGGAGUUCGGACUCCUCGUUAACUCUUCCUCGUUGUUCUCAGAAUGCAUAUCGGCAAUGAAUUUGUUCACCUAUGCAACCUCCAGUGCGCCGAAGGUUAUGCGUUAUCAGCUGGCUUUCGCAGCAAAUAUUAACAAGCGACGAAGGAUUUCAUCUGUUCAUUUCGCUUACUAGCUCAGUGAAUUCACAGGGUUCGGCCUCGGCUGUUGGAAAGCAGGCUUGGAGUUCAAUCUGAGAAUGAGGCUGUCGUGUUGGUACUUUCUGGAUAGACUAGAGAAAUACAACCGUGCAGGUCCCAUUCUCCGUGUAAGCGUAUGACAAAGUUUCCGCAUGGGACUAAGGUUGGGUGAAUUGGGCUUAAACAGCGCAAGGCUAUGGAUCUAAUUUAUACUGGACGCUGUGUUGAGUGAGGCAGGAGUCUUAAGACUUGUAUAUGGGAUGCUUCUAGAAAUGGUGGGCAUUCACUGUGGCACUAGUAUCAGUAGGAAGGGGGUGAUAGGAAGAGGUGCUGAAACAAGGUAUUCCUCGGAGCGAAGGAGACAGGGACAAUGCAGAUUGCACCGUUUUUUCUUACUAGUUGUGUUGUUGCUAGUUGGAAAGGCUUACGAUGUGUGCUGGGCACAAAGCCUCAACGACACCGUUGCGUAUUUGGACAAUAUCGAAAAAGAGGUCAUUAGAGUUGCCGCAAAAGCCACCGAAAAUUUUGCUAACACUUGUGAUUUAGUGGCUUCUUGCGGUGAUAGCUGCUCAAGGCAGUCAUGCGAACCCUUGGCAGGAGACCUUGACUUGUUGAUAUGCAAGAAUGUUGCCAAAAAUCCUACUUGUGUUGAUUCAAGUGGCAACUAUGGAUGUUCCCAGCUUCGAGUCAUUCUCUCCAAGAGUUUUGUUAGAGUUUCUACUCCGCCCAACGUAACUCUGACAACUGCAGCCAACUACACAAUAUGCAGCCAGAGAAUGCUUGAUCCCGUGUUUCUGGAGAUUUCAAAUCGCCAUAACAGUGCAAUCAACCUCACUUCGUGGUUCUACCUGGGAUCAGUGGAAGGAGUGCAACGUUCAUUUCCUGGUCGUGACGUGUUACGGAAAAAUUGUUUGUUCGAUCCACGCAAGCGUCCAUGGUAUAAGGCUGCUACAGCCGUAACGAAAGAUCUCGUCAUUCUUUUGGAUGGUGGAAACUCAAUGGGAGAUGACUUACCUGUUGAUAUCUUCAUUUCCAAAGGCGUCACAAAGUUCGAUACAUCUAUCAAUAUUAUCAAGGCCCUUCUGGACACCCUAACCUAUGGUGAUCGUGUAUCAGUUGUUUUAUUCUCAAGUUCCACCGAACCCUACUUGGUGUACAACACGACGACAGCCACUUACAACACUACUUUCAUGAACCCUUUAAAAGAUGAACUAGAUAAAUUGUCUGUGGAUGCCAAACAAGGAUCCUCCAAUUUCUUAUCAGGGAUUCUUAAAGUCAAUCAAACCUUUUUACCGGAAUCCAACUCCAAUGCCCUUAAAAUCAUGGUUGUCCUUACAGACGGACAUUUUGCAGACGAUACUACUCUGACUUCUACGAGCCCAUACCUUACACAGUUGAGGUCACGGAGGGUUCUACCAUUGUUCUACAGCUUUGAUCGUGAUCUUUCUAAGACAGUAUUGCCGCAGGUAGCUUGCAAUGUGAGUGGGACAUAUGAGCGGAUUGAGAAGACUGUUCUGAAUCCUCUUUGGACCUUGCGAUCUUACUUUGGAAUUAUAGCGCGAUGGCGCUUACAGGCUGUUAAUUACAAGCCCUACUGGAGUAAACCUUACAUAGAUAGUGGAAGUUCUGGACUGGUUAUCACUGUUGCUUAUCCCGUCUUUGCCCCGGACAACUACACACUUAUAGGGGUAGUGGGGUCCGAUGUUCUCUUGACCGAGUUAGGCUCCUUUGCAACCACCGACUUUUCUGCUGCCUUAGCUAAUCGUCCGACUGAUGAUUCCGUCUCUGUCACUCCUGAGCCUCUUUCUUGCAAUGUGACCCUCUCAGAGUUAAACACAUGUCCUAAUGUCGUAGCCCCUGCGAACCCUCUAUGCCCCACCAAUGACACCAGCGGCGUUUCAUAUGAAGAGCGUGUUUGCAACUGUCCUCCCACAUGCAAAGCCCCCAAAACCGGUGACACCAAGAGCUCACCAUCAAGAGAUGUGAUCAUCGGCGUAACUAUUGGAGGUAUUUUGCUUGCCCUGGUAGUUGCUGCACUCUUAACCCUGUAUUGCUGCAAGCGCAGAUUCGAAGACAGGAAGAUAGAAAACCAGGUUUCUGUUGUAGCAACCAAAUCUGCAAGCUCAGAGAAAUCCCUAUCUGGAAAACUCAAGGGUGGAAACGGCUUUAAGCGGGGCUCAUCUGAAUUAUCCACCCCCCGGCCUAACUCAGCUAUCUCUGGUUCUCCUGCUCGGCAAAAGAGUUCCAAAGCUGCAGCUUGGCCAGUGGGUAAUCAAUCUCUCGGCAGAGAUGUGGUCUGUUUCACAAUGGAGGAGCUCGAGGAAGCAACCAACAACUGGUCAGAGGCGGCUCUCGUGGGGAAGGGCGCCUGUGGUAGUGUAUACAGGGGAGAGCUACACGGCGUGGUUCGAGCCAUUAAAAAACCUCAUCCAGAGGUCGACGUUGCCAAGUCCACAUUUGACAAAGAAUUAGACCUCCUGUCGAAGUUGAACCACAGGUGUCUAGUGCGUCUGAUCGGUUACUGCGAAGACGAACAUGUGCUUGUGUUCGAAUACAUGCAACAUGGAACUGUGGAAGACUGUCUCCACAAGAACCGUCUAGGGAGGCCACUGAGCUGGGAAGAGCGACUGAAAAUCGCCGCAGGAGCUUCUAAGGGACUAGAGUAUCUGCACGAGUAUGCUACCACCAUGAUCAUCCACGGCGAUGUUAAGCCAGCCAACAUCUUGUUAGAUGACAAGCUUGAGGCCCACAUUUCAGACUUCGGGUUGUCUCUCUCUAGCCACGACCAAAAUGCGCAAAUGCUGUGGGCUUCACGCAUGGGGGGUACUCCAGGGUACUUCGACCCGGAGUAUGCUUCCCUUGGUUCUUUCACGCCCAAGAGUGAUGUCUACAGCUUUGGAAUUGUGCUUCUGGAGAUUCUCAGUGGGCGGAAGGUGGUGCACGAGAGGAGAAACAUCACAAGCUGGGCUGCUGAGAUGUAUGAACAAGACGUUGCGGCUGUAUUGGACCCCAGCUUGGAGCCACCUCAGGGAGUGGAUUCUUUUCACGCCAUCAUAGCCCUGGCUCUGCAAUGUGUGCAGACCGAGCAUAGAUACCGUCCAAAAAUGAAAGACGUGGCUGCCAAAUUGAGUAAUGCAGCUGCAGAUUGGCACAAAUUUGAACAGGAGAGUUCGCUGAACGAUAAAAAGCAUCCGAGUCGGAGGCAGCAUCCCCAGUACCGGCCCUUGUCCUAUCCUUCAGACGAAUUCGAAGUGGGAUCUUACUUACAUUAAGACACUUCAGCAGAAUCAUGGCACGUCUCGAUCAACAUCAAGGCCUUAGCAACUUUGGCCCAGUGACACAAUCGCCAAAGCCUUACACUAAUUCUGGAACGUUGCAAUUUGGGAGUAUCGAAUGACCUGCUGGCAGCCUGCUGCUGUGCACGUGCGCACAAACUUUCAAAAGUAGUGGGUGAUUUUCUCCGCUUCAGAUGCAGCCAGAUGCAGCCAGAUGCGGGUUGGUUCAGAAUAUUCCCGCCGCAUUGACUACGUCACGCACUUCUUUCAACCUGGUUAUGGGCAGAUGAUCAGUCCUUCUCUUGACACAGUUCAAACCAGGAUUUAGUUGCACUUCAAUUCUAGCUGAUCAAUUGUAGUCUAUACGGUUCAGUUUCUAUAGAAUCUGCCUAAUCAUUGACUUCGUUACUUCUGCUCAGGUCGAUUUGUCUCUGGUUGUUUUGAUGCGUAGCGUUUCGCUUGAAACACUCGAGCUAGUCUAAAGGUAUUGAGAGUGAAUCUUCAGUAUUGGCAAGUACUGAGGGUUAUCGUCCACCAAACUUGCCAACUAUCCCAUGUGUUACACGUUUUUACUUCUGGGUGAUCUUCCCAAGGGGCCGUUUAGACUGCAGGCCAAUGAUUCAACUUGUAACACUAGCGCUUAGGCUGAACUUUUCGUCAAACAAGCUUUUUAGGUCUUCGGCUGUGUACA